CUCCGCUACAUACCUUGCGCCCUACUACUUCUCACUCCAUUUUCCUCUGAGAUCAAAGUUCUUCAAUCUUCAUUUUCAUAAAUCAAAAUAAUGACACCAGAAGAGUUCUCCCUUCUCUUUGUUCCUGCUUCUGGGUUUUCAUCCACUGUUCUCAGUUUUCCUCUCUUGCUCUGUUUCCUGGUUUUCCUGGCGGCGGUCGGGUUCUGGCUGAGCCCCGGCGGUCUGGCAUGGGCUCUCUCCGGGAACAAGGUCGCCAUUCCGGGACCCUCCGGCCUGCCUCUCUUAGGGCUGGUCCGGGCAUUCACGGGCUCCCUCACCCACAGAGUCCUCCAUAGGAUUUCAAAGUCCUCAAAGGCGGAGUCUUUAAUGGCGUUCUCCGUGGGUUUCACCCGUUUCAUCAUCUCGAGCAACCCGGAAACAGCGAAGGAGAUUCUGGGUAGCUCCGCUUUUGCAGACCGACCCGUCAAGGAGUCCGCUUACGAGCUUCUGUUCCACAGAGCGAUGGGGUUUGCGCCGUACGGGGAUUACUGGAGGAAUCUUAGAAGAAUCUCGGCCACGCAUUUGUUCUGUCCAAGGAGAAUCGCAUCUUUCGGGGGCUUUAGAACAGAGAUUGGGUUGAAAAUGGUGGAUGAGAUGAAGGCUGUGAUGGAGAGGGAUGGGCAAGUUGGGGUUAAGAGAGUUCUGCACUAUGGGUCUCUGAACAAUGUGAUGAAGACCGUGUUUGGGAGGUGCUAUGAUUUCAAUUCGAAAGAAGGGUUGGAGCUGGAAUGGCUUGUGAGUGAAGGGUAUACCCUUCUGGGGAUCUUCAACUGGACUGACCAUUUCCCUUUGUUGGGGUGGAUGGACUUGCAGGGGGUGAGGAGGAGGUGUAGGGCCCUUAGUGGGGAAGUCAAAGUCUUUGUAGGGAAUAUCAUUGCGGACCACCGUACUAGAAGGUCUCAGGUUGGAGGGCGCCCCAUAGGACACGAGUCUGCCAGAGAUUUUGUUGAUGUCCUUCUUGAUAUGGCCGAGACUGAGAAUUGCCUAAGUGAUUCUGAUAUGAUUGCUGUCCUCUGGGAAAUGAUAUUCAGAGGGACCGAUACGGUGGCCAUCCUCCUGGAAUGGGUUCUGGCAAGAAUGGUUCUUCACCCAGAGAUUCAAUCCAAAGCCCAAUCCGAAAUUGACAGCGUUGUGGGCAAGAACCGGGCGGUAUCUGAUUCUGACCUCCCCAACCUGCCUUACCUGAACGCCAUCAUCAAGGAGACUCUGAGGAUCCACCCGCCCGGACCGCUUCUAUCAUGGGCCCGGUUGGCCAUCCAUGACACGCGUGUGGGCGAUCACUGGGUCCCAGCCGGAACCACCGCCAUGGUCAACAUGUGGGCCAUUACCCAUAAUGAGAGGAUCUGGCCGGAGCCGGAGUCUUUCUUGCCAGAGAGGUUCUUGGAGGAAGAUGUACCCAUCAUGGGGUCGGAUCUCAGGCUGGCUCCGUUCGGUUCGGGUCGGCGGGUGUGCCCGGGGAAGGCCAUGGGCUUAGCCACGGUCCAGCUUUGGCUAGCUUUGCUGCUUCAGAACUUCAAGUUCGAGGGCGUUGACCGUGGGGUUGACUUGUCUGAGGUGCUGAAGUUGUCUAUGGAGAUGAAGACCCCUCUGGUUUGCAAGGCUGUGGCCAGGGCUUAAUUUUUUGAUGACUGGAGAAAUGACGGAACGGCGUUACGUUUGAUCUCAGUUUUGUUCCAUCCUGCUUUGGAGAUCAACGGGCAAGAGAGUGAUCAAGUUCUAAUUACCAUUAAUAAUUUAUUAUAUUAUUACUAUAACUGUUUUUGGGUAUAAUUUGUUUAGUAACUUUGUUGAUUAGGGUACACUAAUGGCGCAUCUGAUUUGUUGUUUCGGAUGGUAGUGUUUGGAGGUUUUGGGCUUUGUUGUUACCAGCUUGCAUUUUGCGUUUAGUAGUAAGUGGUUGUUUUCAUUUGAGCCUAAUACUCUUUUCAUUUCAUUCCAUUGGGUAACAAUUAACAUGGCUUUUCUCCUC